AUGGCUGCUGCCGCCGCCGGCGGUGGCGGUGGCGGUGGCAGUGGUGGUGGUGGAGGUGGUGCUGAUGGUGGCAACGCUGGCGGAGUCACUGCUACAGGAGAAGGCAGAGCCCCAGAGAAUCUCACACCAGCAACUGAAUGCACCAUCCUGUCUGUGACGUCACUUCGGUCUCCAGUCCUAGAGUUAGUCAUAUGGCUGUGCCCAAUGGCUAGGGAGGCUGGGAAGCUUAAUCCUUCCAGUUUUCCCAAAGGAGAGGAGAACUGGAUAUGGGUGGUGUCGGAGGCGGAGAAGAUCGUGGGCUACCCCACGUCCUUCAUGAGCCUCCGCUGCCUCCUGAGCGACGAGCUCAGCAACAUCGCUAUGCAGGUGCGGAAGCUGGUGGGGACUCAGCACCCGCUGCUCACCACCGCCAGGGGGCUUGUACAAGAUAGCCGGAAUAACCUCCAAUUGAGGGGCUUGGUGGUGCUACUUAUUUCUAAAGCAGCUGGGCCCAGCAGUGUGAAUGCUUCAUGUCAGAACUAUGACAUGGUCAGUGGGAUCUAUUCAUGUCAAAGAAGUUUGGCAGAGAUCACAGAACUUAUCCAUACUGCUCUCCUUGUACAUCGUGGAAUAGUAAAUUUAAGUGAAUUGCAAUCUUCUGAUGGGCCACUGAAAGACAUGCAUUUUGGAAAUAAAAUUGCUAUCUUGAGUGGAGACUUUCUUCUAGCAAAUGCCUGCAACGGACUAGCUCUGCUACAGAACACCAAGCCAGAAAGAACUUCCAGCUCACUAGAACAGAUUGCCAUCCCUCCCACAAAUAAGCCCGGCCUUACGCAUUUGGCAGCAUUGAAAAGGCUCCCUUCAAAAAGCCAAGUUAGAAGCUUCCUCCAGAACUCCUGUGAGUUAGUGGUUGUGGAACUUUUAGCAAGUGCCCUUAGGGACUUGGUACAAGGAGUAUACCAUGAAAAUUCUAUUUCAGCAAAGGAAGAUUCUAUCACAAAUGACAUUGGAAUAUCGACUUGGAAGGAGCAGACUUUUCUCUCCCAUGGUGCCUUAUUAGCAAAGAGCUGCCAAGCUGCAAUGGAAUUAGCAAAGCAUGAUGCUGAGGUUCAGGAUAUGGCAUUUCAGUAUGGGAAGCACAUGGCCAUGAGUCAUAAGAUAAAUUCUGAUCUCCAGCCUUUUAUUAAAGAAAAGACUAGUGACUCCACGACAUUUAAUCUGAACUCAGCUCCUGUAGUCUUACAUCAGGAGAUUCUUGGAAGAGAUUUGUGGAUUAAACAGAUUGUCGAGGCUCAAGAGAAAGGAAGAUUAGACUAUGCUAAGUUGCGAGAAGCAAUCAAAGCUGGCAAAGGUGUGACUUCAGCUAUUGACCUGUGUCGUUACCAUGGAAACAAGGCCCUGGCGGCCCUGGAGAGCUUUCCUCCCUCCGAGGCCAGAUCUGCUUUAGAAAACAUUGUGUUUGCUGUGACCAGAUUUUCAUGACACCAAAUUAAAAAGACACUAUUGUUCGUUAGCUGGAAAAACAGGGAUGAGGUGAUCCAGAGAGCUUUCAUAAUGAAAUAUCUCAAUUUGCUAAUGACUUUAAAAACAUACACAUGGUUUUUUCUUCUUUUUAUCACAUUGCUAAAUGCAUACUGCCAUCUUUUUGGAACUGCUACAAACAAAAUUAGAAGAAAAAAGGUCAAGCCGUUUUCCUUUGUCACGCCAGAAGCACACUUGAGGCUGCAGUAGCAGAAAUAAUUAAUGAGAUUCGCUCCUGUGACCUCAGCAAAUGGACAGGAAAUAAGUCCUUAUUGAUUGGACCGAGCCAGGGAUGGCGCCAGGGCGGUGGCCUGUGGUUUUCCUUCUAGAGAGGACAGAGCAAGCUGGGCGCUGCAGGUGUCAAGGGACACGCUGACAGUGCCAGCCUGGGGGACUGUCGCUUCAAAGACCAGUGACCAGAGGGCAGUUCAGUGAUUAAGAAAAACUAUGCUUUGUCUUCUGGCAGUUAUGUCUCUGUAUUUACAGACCCAGUGUGAAUAUACUUUGCACUUCAUGGUUUUUGUAAGAUUUGGGGAAAAUUGUUGGGGGG